CUUCUCCUUCUCUCGCUCGCUCGCUCGCCAUGGACGGGCGCUCGCUCCGAGAAGAAAUCACGAAUCUCUUCGCAUCGCUCGCGUCUCGCCUCGAAACCCUUCGCCGGGCCCGCGCGAUCGGCGACGGAGGAGAAGGGGAGGACGACGCGGAGAGACCGCUGGUCGCCGCGAUUUCGCGGCUGAACCGGUCGCUGAACCUCCGCGGCGACGACGGCGGCGGCGGCGGCGGCGGCGGCGACGAGGAUCCCGCGGUUCGGUUCCUGGACACCGCCUUGUCCCUCAUGUGCUUCAAAGCUCCUCAGGUGUUUGAUUCGGUGGUCGAGUACACGGUGAAGACGAUCGCUGCGGUUUUGACCUCGUCGAUUAGCUGCGAGGUGGUUAGCUUCCGAAAAGAGGAAGCUUUGCAGAUAGGGAGCUCGAUUUCGCGGCCCGAUUGCGUCGAAGUGGUCGCGGCGUGCAGUGACAUCCUCCCGAAAUUGCAGAGAGAUGGAACACUUUCUCAUCUACUACUGCAUGCUGUCCUGCGUGUAGCGGUUUCAGCAUCUCACAGUCAGCUUUUGUUCCCUUUGACUCGCAUUAUUGAUGUAAAAUCAGUUAGCGGGAGAAUAAUUGCAGCUUCAAAGCUCCUUGACUAUUUACCCCAAGGAUUUUGUCUUAAGAACCAUGAAACACCAUUAAGGCUGUUAUUCUGGUAUCUCGAUCCACUGAUUCUGAGCAAUGACAUUUCUAAGAUUUUGCAAGAAAUGAUGGAAAGACCUUUCCUUUGUUUGCAUAAGGAAUUGCAUGAGAGGAUUUCCUGGCGGAAUAUUGUUGUUUGCUUGGUACUUUCUCCUAUAAUGUUUUUCGAGGCAAGGGCUCUGUUACAUAGAUGGUUUUUGGAGACGGGUUUGGCUUUUGUGCUGGAGUUUUCAACUGUAUUAGUCUCGGUGAUUCUGGAUGUAAUUUCUAGGCCAAUGUGGUGGGGGAUAACGAUGGAAACAGGAAUGAAGCUGCCCUUUUCUGAUGCAUAUUUUCCCUUUCACCGCCAAUUAUUGAGAUCUUUCACGGGACCUAUAUCAUGUGCGGCGCUUUUAAAUUUGGUUGAUUUUACUAGCAACAAGAGUUCAACUGCGAACUCAGAUGCGACAAAGGCGGCAAGGGUGGAUCACAAGUCUAUGUGGGCACAGGCAAUCAACUUCCCAGUUUGGUUCUAUUUUGCUUCCCUCACUCUUCUAUGCGAUAAAAGUUUACACAUGCAUUGCACAUUUGACCAGAUGCAUAACAUGAAACCCUUGUCCUGUCGAACUGCUGCUGCGAGGUACAUUGCGUGGAUUUUGUGCCCGAUCAAUAUAACUCAUCAGGAAUUGCUAGUCGAUCAUUUGAUUAAGCAAUCAGAGUCUUGGGCUGUGAAUCAAAUUUCCUCAGGUGUACGGGAUGAAGAAAAAGCUGUCUUGCAGAAGAAGCUCAAGAAACCCAGGCUUUCUGAGAAUAAUGCCAAUAAUAACUUCAAGGAGGAGGAGCAUAAUUGCCAAAGCAUAGAGAACUGGGUUGAAGAUUUCCAGAACCUGUAUUGGUGGUAUGGCACUCAAUUUUUGAACUCUCCUGCAUCAUGUGAAGGACAAUCAAUUGAUGGGUGCCUGCAGCAGAGUAUGAUGUUCAGGGAAAUUUUAUUAGGUCUCUUGAUUGGACAGUCGAGUUUCAUGGAGGAAGAUGUGUGCGAGCUGUUGCUGCAUUAUGCCUCAACUGGCAGGAUACUUCAGCCAGGGAAAACCAAGAGAGCGGGACUGAAGCACAUCAGAAGCUAUUCUGAAGGACCAGUAUCAGCUCUAUGGAAUGAUGAUUGUGUUAAGGAAGAGGCAAUUAGAGGUGCCUGUCUCGUCUUCAAGUUAACUGAUAUUGUUGAGAACAUGUCCUCAUCGAUGUGUGAGACUGAAGAGAGUGAAGUAGGCUUUAUCUGCCGACUGAAAGAACGGACUGUUGGGUACUUGGUCAAGUGCAUCAAGUCACUGAUUCAGCUGGAAACAUUUGAGGGUAAAUCUUCUAUGCUAUCGGAUCUACAUCGUAGGUUGCUGCAGUGGAAGCGUAACGAGCAAAAACAAUUCAAGAUUCCCGAAGAUCUAGAUCACGUCACACUUGAAUUGAAUCAUAAAAUAUCGACAACAUGACUGAAUUUGUCAAGGUAGCUGUAAAGUUAAAAGGAUAAACUUCUUGGACUUGCAGUUCAUCAACUUCUUGGACACACAUUCGCCUCAUCUUGCGCAGUGAUCUCAUGGAAAGGAAUUCGAUAUCGGUUUCUUGAGUUGUUUGGAAUUGGAUAGAGAAGCUCUCUUUGAUCGCUGUCGAGAACGAAGUUCCUGAAGCUCUACUAUCGUCGUGCAGAGGAAACAACUGUUGGGAAUAGCGAUGAAUUGGCUGUGGUAGGAUUACACAGAAGCAGUUUUUACAGUGGAUCUUCACCAACUACCCAUAUCACGCUGGCUAUGAUUCCUAGAUCAGGCACGGUCAUUGGACACCAGGCCUUCACUGGUGAGACUCAAGUCUCUGAGAUAUCUGGGCUAGAGCUUCAAUGCAUUUGAUGGCAGUGUCAUUCCUGAAUUUCUUGGAUGCUUGGAAAAUAUGGAGGAUAUAGCAGGGCACUUGCUCAAAACUAGGAAACUUGUCGAGCUUGCUUGUGAUAUCUUGGUCUUUCAUGGGAAUUCUGUGGUUUGAUUGUUAAAUGGAUAGUCGCUCUACGUUCAUUGAAGUAUCUUACUCCAUGUAAUGAGGACCUCUCUAUGGCUGGUUCUGAGUGAAUCAAAGUACUAUAUUGGCUUCUGACCAAAAAAAAAGUACUACAUUUCAAACAUCACCGACUGUUCUGCAUCUCUCUUUUACUGGCCUAUCAAAUUUCAUACCAUCGCCUAGCUUCUUAAA